UUUCCAUCGCUCGUUUCUCAAUUUACUCAUACUUUAUUUUCCCCCUUAAAACCUCUGCGUUGAUCUCUUCUAGCCUCUUCUUCUCAUCCUCCCCUUUUCCUCCUACCCUGUGCUUCCAAUUUUCAGUGGCCCAUCUGUGCCUCUUCCCGGCUUUUAUGAAUUGGUUGCUAAUGUCUAGAUCGUUUGGAACUGUUGAUCCCGUUUUUUCUUUUAACCCAGGUUUUUGUCUGUGUAGAAUACCAUUUAGGGGAGAAAAGACAUUGUCUUGGUAUUAGUAAAGAUUACAUCGAUACAUAAAGUCUCAUUUUUACUAUACGCGACUGAGUUUUUCAAAUUGCGUUUGUGUUGUUGUUUUAUAUGUCUUGUCUGAUGGCUUGGAUUAUUUUUCCGGUUUUAAUAUGAAAGCAGGAAGAAGGUAGGCCAACGAGAAAAUGUUUUUCCAUAUAGUUCUGAAGCGGAAUAUGCAGUUGCAUCCACGUUACUUUGGCCGUAACCUUUGCGAUAAUAUCGUUGCCAAGCUCAUGAAAGAUGUGGAAGGAACUUGCAGUGAUCGGCAUGGAUUUGUAGUGGCAGUUACAGGAAUAGAAAGUAUUCGGAAAGGGCUAAUUCGUGAUGGGACAGGGUUUGUGACAUUUCCUGUAAAGUACCAGUUUGUUGUAUUCAGACCAUUCAAGGGAGAAAUUUUAGAAGCAGCUGUCACCAUGGUGAACAAGCUGAUUCCAGAUGAUGUGGAGUUCCAGGCAGGAGACGUGCCAAAUUAUACUACUUCAGAGGGGUCAGUAUUGGCCUGUUUGAUUCAAAGAAUCAGAAGGAAUGAAAUGUUAAGAUUCAGAAAGAUGGUGAAGUGAGACUAAAGAUCAUUGGUACUCGAGUGGAUGCUACUGAAAUCGUCUACGCUUGUUGCAUACUGUAUUGUCUCUUUGUGAUAGAUGUUAAGCAGAGUACUCUGCUAAAUUCUUCAUUGGGAAAUAUGAACCAAUGUAAUAUUAGAGAAAAUUUAGAUACUUAAUCUUAUAUAGUUGAUAUACUUUUAUCCAAAUA